AUGGACGCAGAGAGUCUUAUUCAACACGUUGAACGAGACAUGGAGGCCACUUCAUUGCCCUUAUCUGUGACCGCCGACUGGCUGGAGGACGGAAACGAGACGACUGGGAAUCAGUUCCAGCAGCCCGACUGGCAGGUGGCUCUGUGGGCUAUAGCGUACUCCCUCAUCAUCCUGGUGUCCAUCACUGGGAAUGUCACAGUGAUCUGGAUUAUCCUCGCUCACAGACGCAUGAGGACUGUAACCAACUACUUCAUUGUCAACCUGGCCUUCUCUGACGUUUCCAUGGCAACCUUCAACACUCUUUUCAACUUUGUGUAUGCGCUUCACAACGACUGGUACUUUGGCCUGGGCUACUGCCGAUUUCAGAACUUCUUCCCCAUCACCGCAAUGUUUUCAUCAAUAUACUCGAUGGCUGCCAUCGCAGUGGACAGGUACAUGGCCAUCAUCCACCCUCUGAAGCCCCGCCUGUCCUCCACCUCUACAAAGGUUGUGAUUGCUGUGAUUUGGAUUGUAGCCAUUUCAUUGGCUUUCCCUCAGUGCUACUACAGCGUGACAAGAUUUUAUUACCCCAGAACUGUGUGCAUGGUCGACUGGCCUGAUGAUUAUGGAGGAAAACAUCAACUAAGUUACCAGUUUGCGGUGAUAUUGCUGAUCUACUUGCUCCCUCUGCUGGUGAUGCUGGUGACCUACAGUCUGGUCGGCCAGUCGCUGUGGGGUGGACAUAUCCCCGGAGAGGCAACAGACCAUUACCACAGCCAGAUAACAGCCAAGAGAAAGGUAGUGAAGAUGAUGGUUGUCGUGGUGGUGACCUUUGCCCUCUGCUGGCUGCCCUACCACAUCUACUUCAUAUUGGGAUCGUUUAACAGAGACAUUUAUAAGCAACAUUACAUCCAACAGGUGUACCUGGCCAUAUUCUGGUUGGCGAUGAGUUCGACCAUGUACAAUCCCAUCAUCUACUGCUGUCUAAACCAAAGGUUUCGUGCUGGUUUCCGUCAUGCAUUUGCUUGGUGUCCCUUCGUCAAAGUGUCAGAGGAGGACAAGAUGGAAUUGCAGCACACACACACCUUCAGAGUCACCAUGACACGCAGUCACCGCAACGACAUCUCAUACGGACACACCUCGAUGAAAACAAACAGCACCAAUGACUCAAACUUGAGAAACACAGAGCAAGACACUUGCAUGCAGCUUAAAGACCCCAUGUCGUCAAAAACACACAACGCACACAACGCACAUGUGGUGAGGAGGCCGGAUGAUACAAAAUCACCAGCUGCCAAACUUAUGGAGCACAACUACUGA